AGUACAUAAGAGGAAGGGUGCAUUUUGUACAUUGUUACUUGUAUGCUGCUUCUGCAGUUCGGAAAACGAACGCUUCUGAGAACAUUGUGAUGGGGUUGACUUGAGAAAACAAUUUGUGGAACACAUUUAAAAUGCAUAUCAUCUCUUGCUGUACAAUCCUCUUUAUUUUGACAUGUCGUGUACAGACAAAUGAAAAUGACAGAUACAAUGACUGGAAAAUCACCUUCAAUCCACCAGAAGUGACCGCCGUUUCAGGAUUAUGCGCUCUCAUUUCAUGUACCUUCAUUCACCCAGACAAAGAUCAACCUCAAAUUGAUCAGGAAAAUGUGUGUAAUAAUCAAACUGAAUGUAAGAAUGAAACUGAGAUUCAAAUCGAAGGAAAACAGCUAUUUGAAAAGGACCAGAUUAAGUUGCUUGAACCUGAUCUGUCCAAAAACAACUGCAGCAGAAUCAUCAAAGAAAUAAAAGAAGAUGAAAGAGAAAUUGUUUUCAAAAUUGUGCGGAAUAAAAAAACUUUAUCUAACGCCAGUGUCAAAAUCAUCAUUCAAGACGAGCCUAUAAUGAAGAUUCCUCUUCUCAGAGAGGGAGAGAAGGCCGAUCUGACAUGUUCAGCUCCUUUUCCUUGUCCUGAAACUUCUCCUAAUAUAACAUGGUGGAUCAGGAAAAGAGGGGGAAACAGCACUUAUCUAAAGAACAACAUCACUCCGAGCACCUCCGAAAGCCUUUCCCUCUCAACUUUGACUCUAACUCCAACCUCUGACCUUCACAAUGCCACAGUAGGAUGUAACGUGAGCUACGGAAGCAAAAUCAUCAGUACAAAUAGGACCCUCGAAGUCACGUGUGUUACAACUGAUUCAAAAGGGAACAAGCCCUCUAGUCCUAAAGAUAAAAACAACACACAGAAUGACAUCAGCAAUACUACAGAUAAAGCGGCUAUUCAAGUGCAUGUGGACAUCAAAAUGAUAACAGCAUUUCUGAUGGGAAUGUCAACUUCAGCAGUCAUCUUCUCUGUGGUUUUGUGCUGUCAAGGGUCCUGGAAAAGGGACAAGACAUAUGGAGUGGUAGCCACGAACACAUACACUGAAGUUGUACUGGAAUAUUUUCAAGGAAAAAGUUUAAGGAGAUACUGUAUGAAAGAGUAUUUGUGGAACACAUUUAAAAUGCAUAUCAUCUCUUGCUGUACAAUCCUCUUUAUUUUGACAUGUCGUGUACAGACAAAUGAAAAUGACAGAUACAAUGACUGGAAAAUCACCUUCAAUCCACCAGAAGUGACCGCCGUUUCAGGAUUAUGCGCUCUCAUUUCAUGUACCUUCAUUCACCCAGACAAAGAUCUACCUCAAAUUGAUCAGGAAAAUGUGUGUAAUAAUCCAACUGAAUGUAAGAAUGAAACUGAGAUACAAAUCGAAGGAAAACAGCCAUUUGAAACAGAACAGAUUAAGUUGCUUGAACCUGAUCUGACCAAAUACAACUGCAGCAGAAUCAUCAAAGAAAUAAAAGAAGAUGAAAGAGAAAUUGUUUUCAAAAUUGUGCGGAAUAAAACAACUUUAUCUAACGCCAGUGUCAAAAUCAUCAUUCAAGACGAGCCUAUGAUGAACAUUCCUCUUCUCAGUGAGGGAGAGAAGGCCGAUCUGACAUGUUCAGCUCCUUUUCCUUGUCCUGAAACUUCUCCUAAUAUAACAUGGUGGAUCAGGAAAAGAGGGGGAAACAGCACUUAUCUAAAGGACAACAUCACUCCGAGCACCUCCAAAAGCCUUUCCCUCUCAACUUUGACUCUAACUCCAACCUCUGACCUUCACAAUGCCACUGUAGGAUGUAACGUGAGCUACGGAAGCAAAAUCAUCAGUACAAAUAGGACCCUCAACUUCACGUGUGUUACAACUGAUUCAAAAGGGAACAAGCCCUCUAGUCCUAAAGAUAAAAACAACACACAGAAUGACAUCAGCAAUACUACAGGUAUAAUAGAUUUCUUGAAGAACUGGGACAUCCCAAAGAUAGUCACAUUCGUGGCAGGAAUGGUGUGUUCGGCGCUCAUCUUCUCAGUGGUUUUGUGUUGUUGUGUGUCUUGCCACAGAGGCAAAAAACACAAAGUGCCAAUUACAAAUCCGGACACUGAGGUUAAUUUGGAGAUGGUGCAGACAGAUACAGCUCAGACUGGAACAAAUGAGGAAACACCUCUUCAGGGACAGCUUAAUGGUGGGAACCCAAACACGACUGGAGCGACAGACGGAGCAGAGGAGGAUGAAGCAGUCAGGAUGGAGGGAAAAGAGGUCGACUACGCCAGCAUCGACUACUCCCUUCUAAAGGACAGACCGCCUGAGGAGGAAGAGAAGGAACCAACUGACACAGACUACGCUGAGAUCAAGAAGGACAAGAUAGGAGAUGGGAAGCAAAAGGAAGUCCUUCAGGAUGGAGAUGACCAGAUUGAAACACAAGACCAGAUGGAGGGAGAGGAGACACGUUAUUCUAACUCAGAGGAGCUGAAAAUUUAAGGAACUACACUCAACAAUACGACAAUUUGUAAGAUCAUUUUUACAUAUAAAGUUCAGAUGCUUAAGAAGUAUAAAAUGUAUUUUUUUUUAGCUUUAAUGUGUAUAGCAUUUAUAGUUGGUAAUUGCAACAUAUGACACUUCAUUUGAUUAUUCUCCAACAUCUGUUUAUUUUAUUUCUUUUAUUGCGUGAAAACAUAAAUUUCCCAUUUUUUGCAAGUUAUUAUUUUUUGUUUCUAUAUACUUUUAAUGUGCAUUUAAUGAUGCUUCUGAGCUUUCU